GAAUCCAGCUCCAGCACUGAGCAGCAGCUCAGCUUCGGGACGGAUCGAAGUGCCUGUGAAGAUGAGCAGCCUGCGGGAACUGUGCUUGGGGCUCCCCCUGCGGCCACUGCCCCCCAACAGAGGGAGAAGCAGCCAGGUGCCCCACGCCCCCAUCCGCACCCCUCCUCUCACGCUCAAGGAGGAGAAGGUGGCAGUGAGCAAUGCCCUGCGUUAUUUCCCUGCGGAUCUGCACAGCGUCCUGGCCCCCGAGUUCACCGACGAGCUCCGGCAGUUUGGGCACAUCUACAUGUACCGCUUCUGUCCGCAGAUUGACAUGAGAGCGUACCCCAUCAACGAGUACCCCAGUCAGUCAACCGCUGCCGCUGCUGUAAUGCACAUGAUCAUGAACAACCUGGACCCUCAGGUAGCCCAGUUUCCCCAGGAGCUGGUGACCUACGGAGGGAACGGACAAGUCUUCAGUAACUGGGCUCAGUUCUGGAUAACGAUGCACUACCUCUCUGAGAUGGGGGACGAGCAGACGCUGGUGAUGUGUAGCGGACACCCUCAGGGCCUGUUCCCCAGUGCCCCUAGUGCACCUCGUGUGGUCAUCACCAAUGGCAUGAUCAUCCCCAAUUACUCCUCGAGGGAAGAGUAUGAGAAAAUGUUUGCCAUGGGAGUGACCAUGUACGGCCAAAUGACUGCUGGAAGUUACUGCUACAUUGGUCCCCAGGGGAUUGUCCAUGGCACGAUGCUGACGGUGUUGAACGCCGGCCGUCGGUACCUGGGCUUGGACAACCUCAGCGGGAAGGUCUUGGUGACCUCAGGCCUGGGCGGGAUGAGCGGAGCGCAGGCCAAGGCAGCGGUCAUCCUCGGCUGUGUCGGCGUGGUCGCCGAGGUGGAUGAGGCAGCUCUGAGGAAACGUCAGCAGCAGGGCUGGUUAAUGCAGGUCACCAACAGCCUGGAUCAGUGUGUAGCCCAGAUCAGGGAGGCUCGACGGAUGAAAAAGGCCCUCAGCCUCGGUUACCAUGGUAAUGUGGUGGAUCUUUGGGAGAGGCUGGUGCAGGAGAGCGAGCGGACCGGAGAGUUGCUGGUGGACCUGGGCUCGGAUCAGACCUCCUGCCACAACCCCUUCAGUGGAGGUUACUACCCUGUGCAGUUAACGUUCGAAGCAGCCAAUCAGAUGAUGCACACAGACCCAAAGGAGUUCCAGAGACUUGUUCAGGAGAGUUUGAGACGACAAGUGACGGCCAUCAACAAACUGUCGGAGAAGGGGAUGUUUUUCUGGGAUUACGGGAAUGCUUUCCUACUCGAAGCCAAGAGAGCAGGUGCUGAUGUCAUGAAGGAUGGAGGUGGGGGGACAGAGUUCAAGUACCCCUCCUACGUGCAGCAUAUCAUGGGAGACAUUUUCUCCCUGGGCUUUGGGCCGUUUCGUUGGGUCUGCACCUCAGCUGACCCCAAUGACCUGGCAGAGACCGAUGCCAUCGUGACCUCGAUCCUGGAGAAGAUGAUGAGUGAGGAAGAGACCGAAGGGGCGGUGAAGCAGCAAUACUCCGACAACAUCCAAUGGAUCCGUCAGGCCGCCAAACACAAGCUGGUGGUUGGAUCUCAAGCUCGCAUUCUGUACUCAGACCAGAGGGGCCGGAUAUCCAUUGCAGUGGCGAUAAACCAGGCCGUCGCUGCGGGCAGGAUCAAGGCUCCUGUGGUCAUCAGCCGAGACCACCACGAUGUGAGUGGGACGGACAGCCCGUUCAGAGAAACCUCCAAUAUCUACGAUGGAUCAGCAUUUUGUGCAGACAUGGCAGUGCAGAACUUUGUGGGUGAUUCUUUCCGAGGAGCGACGUGGGUGGCUUUGCACAAUGGCGGAGGUGUGGGGUGGGGAGAGGCGAUAAAUGGCGGGUUCGGACUGGUGCUCAACGGUUCCAAGGACGCUGAGGAGCGGGCAAGGAUGAUGCUGAACUGGGAUGUGUCCAAUGGGGUGGCUCGUCGCUGCUGGUCGGGCAGUGCCGGGGCCUACCAGACGAUCUGCAGGACCAUGAGGGAGAACAGUGGGCUGAGCGUCACCCUCCCUCACAGGGUGGAGGAUGAGGCCAUGCUGGACAGAGCCCUGCGGAGGUAGACAGCGCGUCCACUCCCGAACUGAUGGCUUCCGUAAACCAAUCUCAACCAGUCUUGUCAAAACCCCACACCACAGAAUGCCUGGCCUUGUUGGUUCAUUAUUUUCGACCAAUCAAUGUCAUGAAUUUCAAUCAUAAGGACCUAAUAACUAGGGCCAGGACGGGACCCUUUGAACUUGCCCCAUCAUUGAUUGAGAUAUUGGCUGAUCUACCUCAGUCCCAUUUCCCUGCCCAAUCCCUACCCUCGAUUCCCUCAAUACCCAGAAUCCUAUCAAUCUUGUUUUGAAUGAACUCAGUGACUGAGACUCCACAGGCUUCUGGGGGAGAGGAUUCCAACAGUUCACCAUCCUCUGAGUGAAGAAAUUUCUCCUCAUCUCAGUCCUAAACAAACCAUCCCUUAUCUAUCAACUGUGACCCUGGUCAUACACUCCUCAGCCAUGGGAAACACCCUCCCCACAUCCAGGCUGUGGAGAAUUUUCAGUGAGACUCCCCUCAUUCUUCUAGACGCCAGAGGAUACAGGCCCAGUCGACCCAACCUCUGAUGAGGCACGUUUAGAUGCAAGUGGUCUCAGGAUAAUGGGUCCGCCAUCUGGGACCGAGAUAAGGAGGAAUUUCUUCAACCAGAGGGUGUGAGUCUUAGGAAUUUUCUCCCUCAGAGAGCUGUGAAUACUUGACACUGGGAUAAGGGGAAUUGGGGGUAUGGUGGUUAGGCGGGAAAGUUCUUCAAGGUCAAACAUCAUCCACGAUCCUGUUGAGUGACAGGGUGGACCUGAGGGGCCAAAUGGACCACUUGUAGAUCUCCUAAUUCUUAUGCUCCCAUCAUCAGUUCUUUCCCCCGGGUGAUUCUGUCCCAGGUAACACUAUCCCAUUCGAUCCUAUCCUCUGACAAAAAGUCAGAGUGAGGUGAGAAUGUGGUAGAGGUUAAGUUGUUCUUCAGUCACCUACUAUCUCCUCCUCUCUUAGAUAAAGUCACAUAAAUUGAAGAGAAGAAGAAGGAGAAAGUUUGUUAACAAGAAUGUUAACUCCCUGAGGUCAAAAGAUCACAAAAAUCCGCAAAUAAAAAUCAACGAUGUUACACCA